GCUGGUGCUGGAGCGUCGCUGGUAACUGGAGUCCUCAGGACCGACCCGGCUGUAACAGAGAAAAUGACUGCUGGUUCAGUUUGUGUUCCUCAGAUUAUCCCAUUAAGGGUACCUCUUCCAGGAAAAAACAAACAUGAAAUAAACACCAAUACACUUGUAGAAAUGAAAUCAGACACCACAGAUGUCAACAUAUAUUACACCUUGGAUGGCAGCAGACCUGAAUUAUUAAAGAGAAAAGGAUAUGGUGAAAAUAGCACUUUGAAGUAUAUAGGACCAAUCACUCUUCCUGAUGGAAAAAUACAAGUUAAAGCUAUGGCAGUGUCAAAAGACUGCAGGGAAAGUGGCAUCGUAACAAAGAUAUUUCAGGUAGACUAUGAGCCAACAAGUGUGACUUCUUUUCAAGAAGACAGUGAUGAAAAUCUUCUCAAAAACUUUGAAAAUCAGGAAUUGAAAAGUGAAAUUUUUGCAACAAAGCUUGAAGAAAGAGAUAUAAAUGUUGAAAAUAAACCUGGUUGUAAUGCUGGAGUUAAAUGCCAAGAAAGUCCAAUGGAAACCCCAUCUUGCCAAGAAGAACCAGUUUUUACGCAAUCCAAUUAUCAAUCCCAGCAUACUGAUUCACAGUGUGUGAAUGGCCAGAAAAGGCUGACCAGUGCCCAGGUCCAGAGAAUUAACAAAGCAACAAACUUUUUCAAGUGUACAAAUUGUUUAAGUACUCGCCUGUGCGACCCUUUCACUCUUUUCUGUCAAGAAUGUGGCACUCCUGUUCCACCAGUGUUUGGUCAACGCCCUCCACCCCCAGAAGGUGCUCAGAUGGGGAUGUGCAUUGAAUGCAGAACCAUAGUACCAGUGAACACUCCUGUAUGUGUUGUGUGUGAGGCCCCUCUUGCUCCACAGCUACAGCCCCAAGCAAACAUUCAUUUAAAGGGUAAGGGAAUCUGCCGUUUUUGUGGAACUGGAAACCCUGCUCCCUUGAAGCACUGUGUUACCUGUGAGAGUCGCCUGCCUGAAACACAUGUGCCAAUAUUCACUGGAGAAGUAACCUCACCUCUUAUCAAUCAGAAGGCAGCAACCAUUUCCUGUUCAAAAUGUGGCCGUAGGAAUCGUUGUGAUGCACGUUUUUGUGACUGGUGUGGAGCUAAGUCUACUGUUCCUGCUGGCUCUUCCAUUUGCACUAAAUGCGGAGCUAGCAAUUAUCCAAAUGCUCGAUACUGUGGAUCUUGCGGUGAUUAUGUGGAACCCUUCACAAACAUAGAAUCUAGUAGUAGUGUGAUCUUUAAUGGUAGAGAAAUGGAGACUCUUUCUAAGCCUCAAUCAGCAUGGCUACAUGUUCCCAUGUCGAAAUCUAAUAUGCCAACAAAGAAGGACAAAGGCACACAAACAGUUGGCUUGUUUUACCCAUCGAACAAGUUUUUGGGAAAAAAAGAAAUGGAUCUUAUUUCUCUAAAAGAAAGGCAGGAGAAGAUGAAUGAUCACAGGCCUCUGUUCACAGCCAUCAGCCCUGGAAGAGGAUAUUGGAGGAAACAGCUGGAUCAUAUCUUUGCUCAUCUCAGAAGUUAUACCCAGAACAACCCUAGCUUCAGGGCUUUAGUUGGAGAACCAAGGAUGGGAAAGCUUCUCUCAGCAACAAUCCAUGAAGAUGAUUAUGCAGUCAGUAUCAGGCUGAAUUACAUGAAAAUCAUAAAGAAUAUUUCUACCAACAAGCCAGUAAAUUAUGACAGGCAUUUUCCAAGCACAGCAACAGAAGGUCAAAAUGGACAUUAUGGUAGCCAAUUGCGUGCAGUAAAUGAAAACAACCAAAGCACCUCAGACUCUACAAGGGACAUAAUGAAUAAAAAGACGAUAAGACCAUUUCAAGGAAAGGAAGACCUUCUUUCAGCUGAGAGUAGACACCUUCUGAAGGAAAUAAGUCUAAAAGGAGAUGGGAGAAUCUUUAUGAUUGAACAAAUGCUUGAUGAAGGAGCUGAUCCCAACUGCACCAAUCAUGAAGACAGACCUUCUUUAACUGUGGCUGUUUUAAAUAAGCACCAUGAAGCAAUACCAGUUCUUCUGCAAAAAGGCGCAGACAUUGACCAUCAGUCAGGACCGCUCAGAAACACAGCUCUUCAUGAAGCAUGUCUGCUGGGGCCAGAAGGAAAGAAAUGCAUAGCCGCUCUAUUGAGAUACAAUGCAAAUAUUCAAAAGAAAAAUGAAGAAGGACAGUCAGCAUAUGAUUUGGCUCUGAAGACAGGGAAUGAUGAAAUCAUCUCACUGUUUGCUGCAAAACUUGGCCAAGGAGUCCUGGACCAACAGACCCAAUCUAAGAACCUCAGUCUAGAAGACUUUUGACCCUAAGUUUCCUUAUUCUUAAAUGCCUUUGUCUUUAUUUAAAGAAAACUUCUAACACAUCAUAUUCUCAAUUUAUUUUUUAAUUUAAGAAUUAAGGAGGUUCAGUUUAGCCAGUUAGGAGAUUGUAUGUUUAUGAGAAUUAUUAAAUGAAGAGAGAACCAGCACAUAAGGCCACUCCCUGUUUAUUCUAUAUUGUGAUAAAUAUAUCUAUACUUGCCUAUAAAUCUUUAAAACUUUUUUUCUGUUAUGACACGUAUGAACAAUUUUUAUAUCAGAUGUUUAUUUAACCUUUGGCCCUAUAAAUUAUGUUUGAAUAAGUCAUUACAGGGCAAUAUGCAACUUUGUUUCUUUUUUGGAUAUUUCAGUUUGUGUGAUCAAGUAGCUCAGGGGGUCCCUCAACUUUUCCUAAUGGGAUCUCCUUUUGAUUUCCAACAGUUUGAUGACUAGGUUGGGGUGAAGGGUAGGGACAUAGAAAGUAAGUACUCAAGCCCUUCCCUGCUGGUUCUCCCAGAAAACCUCAGGAUGGGAAAUAGUUCAACGGCCAUCUGGGACAAAAGCUUGAUGGAAAUCCCUAGUGGAGUUAAUAGAAAAUAAAACCAAAGGAACAAGGAGGAAGAAUGGGUACAUUCCUAAUGGGACAGACCUGCCUUUAAAGUACACGGGUAUGAUUUCAUUUUCAUCUUCAUUCCAGGCACCUCCAACUGUGACUGUAUCUUAACCUCCACCGUCACCUGGAUCCAACUCUAAGAUCCUGGUUUUGAAAUUCUGUCUGGCCAGUUCUGGCCCUUUUCACUUCUCUCUCGGUCCCUCACUCCAUCUUUUUUUGCCCUCCCCUCAAUCCCUCAUUCUGUCCCUAUUAUCCCAGUAGAUCACCUUCAUGCUGAUUUCACUUGUCACCCUGCCCAGCCUGAAAUCCAUGUCAAUUCACUUCAAUACACCCCACCUCUCUAGAGUCCUUCAACCCCUUUGACCUGCCAUUACCAAUCUGCAAAUCCUUAAUCCUUGACAACACCUAUGUGAGAGGACCAGGGUUCCCCAUUUCCCUGCCAUAGGAAUUAGUUUUCCCUAAAAGGUGUCCCUGGAACUUGAUUGACCCUGGUUUCCCUUGACACAGCUUUCUGAUGACCUAAAGAUAUAAAAUGCCCCACCCAGAUUGACAUGGAUUUCU